AAUGUUUUUCAUUUUAUUAGUGAGUGAAUUGCAAAAAGUAGCUUUUUUCAUCUCUCUUGUAACUUUGAAGAUAUUUUAUUUACACCAAUACUAGUAUUCUCCCUGGUCUUUGUACUAAAAAUUAUCUGUUAUUUUAACAUUUUCCAGGACAUUCACAGAGCUGAAAAAAACGCCAUUUCUACUGCCAGUUGAUUUUCAACCAACUUGUUCUGCAACAGAUAUAAAGAGCUGUGCCAUACAGCCAUACAGGAAAACUAAUUUCAUCACAGGGUAUGAAAGUGUAGUUGCCAGGUUUCUGUAAGCCAAACACCUUUUUUUUGUGAGGAUCAGCAUAAGUCAGACUGACUGUAAAUUCAGAACUCCUCCUUUAUUCCCUGGCUAUUCUCCACAUUUAGUGAGCACAAUCAAAAGUAAGAACCACUUUAAGAAUUUAUAACUGCACUUGGCAGGUUUGGAGAAGGAGGACUGUAAGAAAUACAGCAGAGCCAGCAUGAGUUUAAAGCUCUACUGUGAUAGAUCUUACCCACAGAAAGUACUGCAAAGCUGUCAAUAGCUGCUUGUAAACAGUACAGCUUGAAGUAGGGAAAAUAUGUUUUUUCCCUGUCAGAAUGGCAAAAAGCUGUGGCUGAAGCCUUCAGCUGGCCUAUCUGGCUGAUGUGAGAAAUAAGAUAUCGAUUUUUCUUACAGCAUACUAUCAGAAACUUUGAGAAGCCACAAAGCUAGCAAGCAACACUGUUUAUUAUGCUCUAAGUAGAGAUGCUGGAAAACUUUCACUAUCACGUAUCUUUCUAUUUACCAAAUACAACCUAAUUAUGUUAUUAACCAAAGAAAUAUAAAACACUGUCUGCGAGCUUUGCAAAACAGGCAGCAAAUGACUUGCUGCUGAGAGGACACUGAGUCUCAAGCUGAAAGCCACACUUGUCAAAAUUCCUCAAGAUGGUGAACAGAAACAGAGAGGGAACUGGACUCCUUCUCCUGCUGCAUCAUCUGAAAAUUCACCUUCCCUUUAGACCCCGUGCCUUCUGGCGUUGGACACUACAGGCCCAACUUUGGUCUGUGACCCAUGAUGGUACAAACGGACUCCCCAAGCCCAGACUGCCAUGGGAAUUUCCACCCAAUCCAGCAACAAUUCGCAGGCGUGCAAUGGCGCUUAGGGGCCUCUUCUUCUGAUGGCGCCGGGCGAGGCGCAGUCCGGGCCGGGGGCUGUGCCUCGGGGCACUGCCGGGCUUCAGGCAGCCGCCGCCAGGAACCAGCGCGCCUCCGCCCGCAGGAAGGCGUCCUCCCUGUUCGUCAAGGCGAAGGAGGUGCCGGCCGCCUAUGCGGGCGGCGGUUCGGCCGUGUGGUGGACGUGCUGCUGGCAGACGUUGGUACGCAGCACGGCGGGGACAUCGAGCAGCAAGGCGGCCGGGCCCGGGCCCGCCGGCUGGGCAGUGUCCGCUGAGGGGGCGGGAGGGUGGGCCUGCGGAGGGCUCUGCGCGGCGCUCCUCGGCACCAGGGGCCUCCGCAGUGAGGAACUGACCAGCGCGCUGGGAGUAGUAGUUUUGUAUUACUGCUACUUUGAGGUGAAGUAUCCAGAGAAACUCUGUGCUUGGCAAAAGGUUCUGUGCCAGCAUCUGCAUCUCACUAGGAAGGUAUGAGUUGCUUCAGAAGGAAUUAAUGGAACAGCUGUUUGUAUUUGAUGAUAGUUAUGCCAUUUCUUCCAGUGAAGAUGUCAUCCCAGCAUGCAGAUACUGUGGAACCAGUAUAAACUUUGUUCCAGCCAGCACUGCCGGCAGCUCGUCCUGACAUGUCUGAGUUGUUGCAAGAAAGGUCUUACAACUUGCUGUCCUGUUUGCCAAGAGAAAGAGCUUCAGGUGACCUCAGGGGGUUCAGAACAGGCACUGAAGGAGGAAUGUGAAUGUACACAGAGAUGGCCAAGGGUACCAGUUGAACAUAUCUCACAAGGGACAUGGGGCACAGGGAAAGAUUAACCUGUUUCAUUAGCUGAUCUGACACUCAUGCUAAUUUGAAGGGCUUCUAAAACCAAAUCCCUGUUACUUAACUGGAUUAAGAAAUCACAAAAGUUUGAUAGCUUGGAAAGUCUUGUUUAUAGCCCACUAUAAUAUCCUGAAAAAACGUGCAUUACUUGAACAUAUAUACCAGAGUGUACAAUCUAUCACUAGUGCUAUAGGAUUCGUCUCCCUGCAUAGUCUUGUAGCCAGGCCUCUACCAUGGGGAUUUUGCAGCAGAGAUUGUGUGAUGGGAUACAGCUAUUCACAAUUUGAAAGAAACUGAAGAGUCAAAAAAAAAAAAAAUCCACUGUUCUUCUUC